CCCUUUGCCUAUAUAUACAUACUUUUGUAGCCCCAGAAGUGCAUAAAGCCCUAGAUUCCCACCCCCUUCCUCUCCGUGUACGGCGAUUCCCUUUAUGGUCCGUUUCAUUUGUUUAUACAGAGAAAUCACGGUCGAGAGGGUCUUGUGAGUUGUGAUUGAUUUUUGAGAGACCAGUCUGUGUCUCUCUCUCUCUCUCUCUCUCUCUCUCUCUCUACCGUGUUUCUCUGUGUAAAUUGAUGAUUCGGGUCAAGAUUUGGGGCUAGAUCCAACGCCUCACCAAUUUGCAUACUGUGUUUCUGCUUCGAUGUCCCCUUCUAAUGGAAAGAAUGCAAAAGGAAAGCAAUGAAGACAGGCCCAAGAUUUACCGCAAUCUUCCUAGACUAUCUCAGACCACCUCCUUUCCGAUUUCCGGUCCGCACAAACAGAGAGAUUUUGAAAUUGGUAGAUCGUAGAGUCUUCCAAUUCAAUUUUUCCACCAGAGUCGUUACCGGCGUUGACCCCAACCCCACCAACAUCGAUCGCUGUUGCCUCCCGCCGGAAGUCGCCCUCCUCUCCGACCACCACUCCAACCGCUUCUGCAGCACCGUCCCCACCACGUAUUUAAUCUCUUAUCUCCCUCUUUUUUCUUCUCCAGACAGUAAAUUUAGUAGGCUAGCAGUUCUCUGCCAUCUUAAUCAAAGUGCCAAAAAAUUAAGAGAGGAUGCGGAAGUUUAUGAGUCCAACUCUGUUUCAAGCACUGAUGGAGAGGAUACUGUGGAGCUAGAAGUAUGAGAUUAUGAACUCAUCUAUGGGAUUUCUUGAAAUGACAUGUUUUCAAUUUCUAAUCACUGAUCAGUAGUUAUCUGAUGGUUUCCGGGUUUUUUUUUUUUUACAUUUACCUAAUGAAGCUCCUGCCCCAAAUGAUGUAAUUCACACCUUGUCAGCUGAGCUAAUGUCUUAUUGUGCCAUCUGAAAAUUUUGUAUCAGUACCAGAGCAUAUCACAGGUUUUUCCAUGCCUAGAUUUUGUUUCACUGAUUUUAAAAGGCAUAGUUAUUGAUGUUCCAUACAGCUACGUGAAAGUCCCCUCGCUAAUCAAUCUCAUGUGACCACUCCAAUUAUAGCACUUUCGUGAGUUGUAUUGAUUUGUUUCAUGCACGAAGGCACUUUGAGUGGGAGGGGACUAACUUGAUGGGGUUGAAACAUGCAUCUAGUUUAAGUUUAGAGUUCUGAGGAUAUGAUUUUGUAUAUUUCAACAUUUUAGCUACAUUUACAUGUUGAUCAUCCUUGUUCUUAUUGUGCGUUAAACUUUUGUACCGAG